CCUACCUACCUGCCUACCUACCUACACAACACCCAACUACUAGUACCUCACACUGCUCACACUCCUCACAGUCAACGCACGCACAUUACGCAUCACCCACCGCCAUGAGCGACGACCGCAGAACCGACUCCCACACGAUGCCGCGCCGUUGUAGUACCCGCGCGGCUUCCAUGGAGAGUUUCAAGGUCAUGGACGUCUUGCGUCGAGCGAAUCAAUUGCAGGCGGAAGGACACGACGUCUUGCAUUGUGAAAUUGGUCAGCCACAGACGGGGGCGCCGCAACAUGUCGUCCAAGCCGCACAGCAAGCUCUCGCCCAUCACGUUUUGGGCUACACGGACGCCUUUGGGCUCCUCGCACUCCGGCACAAAAUUGCCGCACACUACCAAAACUAUUAUCCUCACUUGCCCUCGACCGCUGUACCGGACGCGGCGCGAAUCGUCGUCACGACGGGAUCGUCGGGGGCCUUUUUGUUGGCCUUUACGGCGUGUUUCGAUGCCGGGGACGUGGUGGCCAUUGCCUCUUCCGGAUAUCCCUGUUACCGCAACAUUCUCACCGCACUCGGCUGUGUCCCGGCAACCGUCCCGCUCAAUACACACUUUCAGCUUACGGCGGUGGAGUUGCGCGAGGCCGUUGCCCAACGUGCCGCCGCGGGACAACCUCCCAUUCGGGGACUCAUUCUCUCCAGUCCGGGCAAUCCGACCGGGGCCAUGCUCGAACCCGACGCCCUCCGGGAACUCUGCGUCUUUUGUGAACAAGCCAACAUUCAAUUCCUAUCCGACGAAAUAUACCACGGGAUUUCGUACGGGAAACCAGAAGCCACGGCCCUGCAGUAUUCCAACCAAGCGAUUGUCAUCAACAGCUUUUCCAAAUACUAUUCCAUGUCCGGUUGGCGAUUGGGUUGGAUGAUAUUACCGGCACACUUGGUCGAAGCCGUCAACGCUUUGCAGCAAAACAUGUUCAUCAACGCCCCAACCGUCGCCCAAACGGCCGCCUUGGCCUGUUGGGACGACAGUGCACAGGAGGAACUCCAAGCCCACGUAACGAUGUACACUGAAGCGCGCGCCUUUGUUCUUCAACAAUUGGCACAAAUGGUCGAGAUCGAUCCCGCCAACAUUGCUCCCGCUGAUGGUGGCUUUUACGUCUAUAUCGAUUUGGGCGAGGACAACGUGGUCCCGGGAUUCGGCGCCGUCGCCAUGUGUCAAGCUCUUUUGGAGGAACACCACGUGGCAUUGACGCCCGGUAUCGAUUUUGAAGAUCCCGCGUCGGGUCUAGGUGACCGCCGGUUUCGGAUCUCCUACGCGGCGGGCUUGGUCACCGCUCGAGCCGCCCUCGAACGAUUCCGGGCCUUUUGGCCCACGUGGUUACAGCGCGUGCAAAGCGCGAAAGACACGCAACCGUCUACCGAAACUGUGUAACAACGGCACGGGAUCCGAAAGAAAACGCAGUGAUAGAAAUGAUCACGCCAACGAAGGAGCAUGAUUGUACAUAGAUAUUUAUGUUUAUGCAUAUAAAAAUUAC